AUUCGAUCGCGAUAUGAUCGAUAAGAGAUAAAAAGCAAGCUAAAUAGAGAGGUAAAUAGGGAUGUUGAGACUUGUUUGUUGCCAGCCCCAAACUCUGUGCGGUUGUAUAAAUGGUUGUAUAAAUUUUACUCAGUAGUAGAAAUAUACAUACAGUACACACUAUGAGAUUGAAAAGUCACACGCCAGAAGUGGUCAGCCUCAUACUUUCUGCCAUAUUGUUAUUUUAUUGUGAGAUAUACACAUAUUCAACGCAGGCGAGGUACUGGAAAUAUGCUUAUCUUGCCUGUCAGGAGAGCAAUACCUGUGUGAAAGUAAUAGCAAUAGCGAACCCGAAAGUACUGGGUGAUUUUUGGCAUCCCUGGACUUUCACGAGAUGGGAUGCCGACCGCUAUCUGCGUUCGUCCUACAGCUCCAUGGUGCAGGCGAUGAAGCCUGAUGUAGUGACAAUAUUGGGCGAUCUAAUUGACGAAGGAUUCAAUGGCAACGAACAGACGAUCGCGAGAUACCACGAGAGAUUCGACAGUAUUUUCGAUUCCAAUCUCGUGCCGUUGAUCGCUUUGGCCGGGGAUACAGACAUAGGCGGCCAUGGACAAUGGGACAUGCAAGAGUUCCACAAAGUACACCGCUUUCAAAAGUGGAAACAGGAGGUCAAUAAUCAGACCAGUUUGCAUGGAAUUGAGUUCGUGACUGUCAAUACACUGGCCUUUACGGCGAAGAAGAAGAAUGCAGAAACCAUCAAACCGGCUAACAUGUUUCUGGAUAGCUACGCGCCGUUAAACGACUUCACUAUCUUCUUGUCACACAUGCCGUUGGAAAAGCUCUCUGAUACUCGACGUGAAACGUUGAUGGACAAAAUCAGCCCUGAUUUGAUACUAGCAGGACAUUCCGAGGAAAGCACUGAGAGCAUUGUGGUGCACAGAGAGGAGAAAACGGUUCAAUGGGUAGCCCCCACGUUUUCGUAUAAAACCAGCUAUGCGAGGAAUGGGUUUAUUGCUAUACUGAUCGAUACCAAGACACAGGAGUACACUGUCACGGAAAAUUGGAUGUCCGAGCGUCAACCAAGCCUUGAGCUGUACAAGUUUUGGCUCGGAUGCCUCGCGGCAGUAGCAGCAUACAGGCUUUUUUCUUCAUAUUAUGGACAAAAUCGCAGGCCUAUCAAAACACAUAGACAAUCUCAUUAAAUAUAUAGUGAUAAUAUAUAUAUAAUAUAUAAUUCUGACUUCUAAUAUGUGGCCUGUCCGCCUAAAAGUCAGUACAACCAUGCACAUGCAAGCUCG